AUGCAUUACCAAAAUCUUCUGAUCGCCGCGCUCGCCAUCGCAGCUCCCCUUUCUCUCGCCCUUCCCCUCGCCGACCCCGAGCCGGCAAAAGAUGCCCCAGCCACAACUAAAAUACCCGAAAACCAGAACAUCCACGCCAAGCCUACUUGGCUUUCUAUUCCUAUCAUUGACCCUACCAAGCUUUCCAUUUUUCCUACUCCUGCUCCUACGCAAAAGCCGGAGCCUGUUACUACCAAGGGUGAGCAACAGGAUGGACAGGAUCAUGCUACUAAGACAGUGAAGGGGGGCGAGGGUGGGCCGGCGCAGAGUAGUCAGGUUUGUACUACGCAUGCUCCCGAGAAGCCAAAAGCAAAGGGGAAGGGCCAGAGGGAUGUUGAGGAACUAGAGGAUAGAGACGUUGCAGAUUUGGAUUUAGAUUGGGAGAUAGAGGGAAUAUUAGCGGAUAUGAGAGUCGAAUUGGAGGAGAGAGCUGAAAAUGGAAAGCCCACUGGAGGUUUCACUGGAAAACCUGAUCCAGCACCUGCACCUACCGCUACUGCAAAACCAACACAGCAUUUUACUGGGAAACCGGUUACUGAGCCGGCUCAAACCGCUACGGCUAAGCCAACUCAGCACUUCACUGGCAAGCCCGACGGACCCGAACAAACAGUAACAGCUAGACCCACUGAAUACUUUACCGGAAACCCCGAUGGACCCGCUCAAACUGCCACCGGAAAACCAACUCAACACUUUACCGAAAAGCCGAAUACGCCACCUACCAAAACAAUCAAAACUAUUGAGCCCAUCAAGACUUCUAUCGUUUUCACUGAUAAGCCAGAAAUUGUUCCAAGAAUAUUCACAACCAUUUACAAUAAUGGUGGUCAGACCACCCCAAAUUCUGUUCUGGUCAAUACUUAUGGACCGGCUAGUAGCAGCGUUAUUGUAGAUCCCGUGCCAGUCGGUACUGGGAAGCCUGCUGGAGGAAGAGGAUUCUAG